AUGAAAGUAUUUACAUCAGAAGAAUUAGAACAAAAAUGGGAUGGAUUUAGUAAAAUCUUUCAACAUUAUAAUGAAUGUUCAACAGCACCGGUUGCAUUUUUAUUAAUUACCAGUUUAGGUAUUACAAGUCAAUUUGGAAGUGCUCAAAAUUCUUGUAAAUCUAUAUUAGAAGUUGCAUGUGGUCCAGGUGCAGGUACAAAAUUAUGUUUACAAUAUAAAAACGAUUCAAGUAAAUUCAUAUCAACUGAUAUUUCAAAUGAAAUGAUUCAAUUAACUAAACAAUGUUUAGGAAUGACCAAUAAUGGUGAUGGUGGUGAUGAAAUUCCAGAAAAGAAUUUCAAAAUUCAACAAUGUAAUGCUGAAAAACUACCAUUCCCAGACAACUCAUUCGAUCGUUAUUUUAGUAAUUAUUGUUUACAUUUAGUAACAUCACCAGAAACAAUGUUAAAAGAAGCUUACAGAGUAUUAGAAGUUGGUGGUAUUGCCGCAUUUUCAGUGUGGGGUAGACCUGAAAAUUCAAAUCAAUUUACAAUUGUUAAGAAAAUAGCCGAUGAAAUUGGAAUUGAUAUGAGUUCACAAGAAAGAUCAUCAUUUCAUUUAAACGAUACAACCAAGUUACGUCAAAUGGCAUUAGAUGCUGGUUUCUCAAGAGUACUCGCUGGUCAUUCAUUUGUUAAUUCACCAAUUCAAAAUGGUGAAGAAUAUUCUGAAGUAUUCCUAUCACCACCUGGUUUACAAAAAUUCAUUCAAACACUUGAUAAAGAGAAAUAUUUACUUUGGAAAUCAAAGAUUGUAAAUCAUGUUGAUGAACUUUUAAAUAAAGGUGAAUUUAUAGGUUCUGAAGUUUCAUAUAUUAUUUGUACAAAAUAA